AUGAUCAGCGCGUUGUCGUCGACUGCGUGUCGUCACGUGCGUGGGCACCCGCGUCGACCAGGACGCAAUAUUUUUUUCUUUCCUUCUAUACUACGACGUUAUAUUUUUCUUUCCUGCUCUACGACAACGUCAUACUUUUAUUUCAUUCUCUACGACGACGUCGUAUUUUUUCUUUCCUUUUCUAAAAUGACACGACGCCAUAUCUUUUCUUUCCUUCAGCACGACGACAUCAUAUUUUUUUCCUUACUUCUCGACGACGCCAUAUCUUUUCUUUCUUUCGCUACGACGACAUCAUCUUCUUUCUUUACUUCUCGACGACGCCAUAUUUUUUCUUUCCUUCUCUACGACGACAUCAUAUUCUUUCUUUACUUCUCGACGACGCCAUAUUUUUUCUUUCCUUCUCUACGACGACAUCAUCUUCUUUCUUUACUUCUCGAUGACGCCAUAUUUUUUCUUUCCUUCUCUACGACGACAUCAUAUUCUUUCUUUACUUCUCGACGACGCCAUAUUUUUUCUUUCCUUCGCUACGACGACAUCAUAUUUUUUUCUUUAGGACGUUGCCAUAUUUUUUUCUUUACGACGACGUCAUAUUUUGUCUUUCCUUCUUUACGACGUCACCAUAUUUUUUCUUUCUUUCUCUACGACGACUCAUUUUUUUCUUUCGUUCUCUACGAUGACGUCAUAAUUUUUAUCUUUUCUUUCUCUCCGACAACGUCAUAUUUAUUUCUGUCCUUAUUUGUUUUUGAAAAGUUGAAGAGGAGCAUGGAAAGCCGAUGUUGGAAAUUCUCUCUAAAACUGGAUCCCGUAGCGAAGCCAGACGCGGAAUGCGCAGAAUUAAGUUUACGUGUCUUUCGCCGUUAUCUUAGCCGCUCGGCAACCAUAUUCACGAAAGCUGUGCACCGUUUUUACAAGAAAUAUUGCUAG